AUGAACAUUUUAAAUCCACCAUCACUUGAAGAUAUUGAAAGGGUCAUAAAACAGCUACCAAAGAACAAAGCAGCAGGUCACAACUUUGCAGCUGAAAAAUAUACAUCAACAAUAACACCAAUACAAAUUCUUAACAAUACCAUAGAACAUGUCAAUCAACAUAAAAUUACCUUCAUACAUUUUUUUCAAGACAUGUCAAAAGCUUUUGAUAAUGUAGACCAUCAAAGACUUAAAAUAGCAUUAAAAUGUAUUGAACAAGGUGAUCCACUCUCACCAAUUAUAUGGAAAAUAUUUUAUGACCCUAUUUUAGCACAUAUUACCAACAAUUAUGAAACAGACCUAUUAACAAUUAAAACAACUUCACUUGAACAAAUAAAUAUGCCAAAUAAUCACCAUAUUAAUUGGAACAAAUCAGGCCUGCUAAUCAUCAAUAAUAAGGAUACAUCAAUACUAGAUGAUAGCACAGUUAUCCAACAAAUGCCAAAAAGCAACACCAUCUGA